GAGAGAGAGAGAUUUUUACGAAGGGAAAUAUCGCGUGACUGGACCUUCCUUUUCAGGGCCCGCUAGUAUUAUUAUUCAUACCCAUAUAUUUGUUUAAUUAAAAGAAAAAAAGGUUCCAGUCCCAUACUUCUCCAGCUUCUCCUUCUUCCUCUGUAAGAUACUCCAAUUUCUAAGGUUGGGUGUUUAUAAUUUAUAUGCAAUCUCCUGUUCCUUUUAUCUUCCGUUACUGUGAUCUUAAACGCUGCAGGCCUUGUUGUCUCUUUUUUCUUAAUUAUAUUAAUGGAAUCAUCAGACUUAUCCCUAGGGUUUGCAUCGAAUACGACAUCGUCUUCGUCUUCCCGCCGUGCUCAAAUUGCUGAUGACUCCAUCUCUCUCCAGCUUGAUUCUAGCUUCCGUGGCCCUGACCAUCCACCCGUCCCACUCCAACCACUAACAGAGAACAUUCAUAAUUAUCAUCAAAACGGUAUUUUAGAUAGGCAAAACGACAAUUAUAAAGAAGAAGAUUAUGAAGAAGAAGAAGAAGAAGAAAACGAGAAAGAAGUUAGAAUUUUAGGGUAUUCAAUGUGCUUGAAAAGGCGAAGAGAUAGCGAAUUACCCUCAUCGACAUCAAAUUCAUCAUCAAAAAGAACAGGAUUAGACCUUGAAGGGCGGCGAAAUUUGGUUAAAUCAUGGGGGAAUCAACCAAUUAGUGUGUUAGAUUCUGAGAUUUUUGAAAUGAUGGAGAAAGAGAGAGACAGGCAAUAUAAAGGAAUUGAAUUGAUAGCGUCAGAGAAUUUUGUUUGUAGAGCAGUAAUGGAAGCAUUAGGUAGUCAUUUAACUAAUAAGUAUUCAGAAGGAGCACCCGGUUUGCGAUACUAUGGUGGGAAUCAGUACAUUGAUGAAAUAGAAAUGCUUUGUUGGAAAAGAGCAUUGGACGCUUUUAAUUUGGAUUCAGAGAAUUGGGGUGUAAAUGUGCAGCCAUAUUCGUGUACUUCUGCGAAUUUCGCUGUCUUUACUGGGUUGCUAUUACCUGGAGAUAGGAUUAUGGGGUUGGAUAAUCCUUCUGGAGGGAAUACAAGUCAUGGAUAUUAUAUGCCUAGUGGAAGGAAAGUGUCUGCUGCAUCGAUUUUCUUUGAGAGUUUGCCUUAUAAAGUGAAUCCACAAACUGGGUAUAUUGAUUUUGAUAAGCUAGAGGAGAGAGCACUUGAUUUUAGACCUAAAAUACUUAUUUGUGGUGGGAGUUCGUAUCCAAGGGAAUGGGAUUAUGCCAGAUUUAGGCAAAUUGCAGAUAGGUGUGGCGCUGUACUGUUGUGUGAUAUGGCUCAGAUUAGUGGUCUUGUUGCUGCCAAGGAAUGUGUAAACCCCUUUGAUUACUGUGACAUUGUUACCUCAACAACUCAUAAAAGUCUUCGAGGUCCUAGAGGAGGUAUCAUUUUUUAUAGGAGAGGAAUGAAGCCAAGAAAAAUGGGAAUGCUAGUAGGCCAAGGAGAUGAUAGUGAUUACUAUGACUUUGAGGAAAAGAUAAACUUUGCUGUCUUUCCAUCACUGCAAGGUGGACCACAUAAUAACCAUAUUGCUGCUCUCGCCAUAGCUUUAAAACAAGUGGCUACUCCUGAGUACAAGGCAUACAUGCAACAGGUGAAGAAAAAUGCACAGGCUUUCGCAUGCACGCUGUUGAGAAGAAAAUGCAGGCUGGUAACUGGAGGCACAGACAACCACAUGCUACUUUGGGAUCUGAGGCCUUUAGGAUUAACAGGGAAAAUUUAUGAGAAGGUCUGCGAGAUGUGCCACAUCACUGUAAAUAAAAUUGCUGUUUUUGGUGACAAUGGCACCAUUAGUCCUGGAGGAGUAAGGAUAGGUACUCCUGCUAUGACAUCAAGAGGUUGCCUAGAAUCUGAUUUUGAGACAAUAGCUGAUUUUCUUCUGAAAGCUGCACGUAUUGCGAAUAUUUUGCAGCGUGAGCAUGGGAAGGCUCUUCUAAAGGGUCUGCAAAGCAAUAAAGAUAUUUUAGAGCUCCGGAAUCGAGUUGAAACUUUUGCAACUCAGUUUGCAAUGCCUGGUUUUGACUUGUGAAUAGAUUUUUGGAUCUAAAUUAUCAAAUAUAAACAUUGCUAUAUCCAGGGCGCCUGUGCACUUUGCAACUAUAUCAAGUGUAAAUGAGUUGGUUAUCUAUUUGCACUCGUAUGGCCUUUAAACAGCAGUUUUAUGCUACAGUCGUCCCAGUUGCUGACCCUUGCUAGCUACCAGUAGUCACAACAUAGGGAUUUUGCUGUCAUUUCAUGGGGUGAUGGGAGGAUCUUUCUGUUAUUAACUUGUUCUCCACUUCCAGUAAGUGGCAGUGCUUUCGGGAAUUUAGUUUUUUGUCAAAUGGUGGUGGCACCCAAGUGAUGGAUGAGGUGUAUUUGAACACAAGAUUGAGAGGAGAUCUAUAACUACCAGUGCUUUGGCAACCCUGAAAUGAUGGGUGAGAUGGUAUGUGAUUGUGACUAGUUGAAGAUUACAUUGGUUUAUUGAUUCCUCAGUACAGCCACGUUGAUUUUGAAAGAGCAUGCAAAGAAUAUAUGGAUAUACAAAUUGGGAAAUAUAGCCCUGAGUUUUUUUUUUUUUUUUUUGUUUUUGGUUACGCCGAGCACCAUGUAAGAUCAGUAAUUGUUUGAUAUGCUUUAAUGUUAAUUUACAAUGUCCAGUGAUAGGUGCUGUUUAUUUUUUUCCCGUCUUUUGUUGGUUCUUGGCUUGUUGUAAAUAUUCAAUAAUAGUAUUUGGGAAUUUGCAUAAGGAAGCAAUAAACAUGGAAAAAAUCCGAGUUCAUUAUAAUGUUA